CACUUCAGCGCGCAUGCGCUCCCUGCACUCUGCCGCUCCCGCCUCGGGCUCGGGCUCGGGCUCCGGGAUGUCCGCGUUGUGCGACCCUCCCGGGGGCCCAGGGCCCCCCGGGCCUGCCCCGGCCACCCACGGUCCCGCGCCGCUCAGUGCUCAGGAGCUGUCCCAGGAAAUCAAGGCUUUUCUGACUGGUGUAGACCCGAUUCUGGGCCACCAGCUGUCUGCCCGGGAACAUGCCCGCUGUGGUCUGCUCUUGCUCCGCUCUUUGCCACCUGCUCGGGCUGCUGUGCUUGACCACUUGCGAGGUGUCUUUGAUGAGAGUGUCCGGGCCCACCUGGCUGCUCUGGAUGAAAGCCCUGUGGCUGGCCCACCUCACCUCCGCCCACCCCCACCCUCCCACAUCCCUGCUGGGGGACCUGGCCUGGAGGAUGUGGUGCAGGAAGUGCAGCAGGUGCUGUCUGAGUUCAUCCGGGCCAACCCCAAGGCCUGGGCACCUGUGAUCAGUGCGUGGUCCAUUGACCUGAUGGGCCAGCUGAGCAGCACAUACUCCGGCCAGCACCAACGUGUGCCCCAUGCUACCGGCUCUCUCAACGAAUUGUUGCAGCUGUGGAUGGGCUGUCGGGCCACACGCACCUUAAUGGACAUUUAUGUGCAGUGCCUCUCGGCUCUCAUUGGUAGUUGCCCAGAUGCCUGUGUGGAUGCCCUGCUGGACACCUCUGUCCAGCAUUCCCCACACUUUGAUUGGGUUGUGGCUCACAUUGGCUCCUCUUUUCCUGGCACCAUCAUUUCCCGAGUUCUCUCCUGUGGCCUUAAGGACUUCUGUGUUCAUGGUGGGGCUGGAGGUGGAGCUGCUGGCAGCAGUGGCAAUUCUCAAACGCCCUCUGCAGACCCCUUCCCUGGAUCUCCUGCUAUCCCUGGGGACAAAAGGGUGCCUAAGAUCGCGUCAGUGGUGGGAAUCCUGGGGCACCUGGCCUCCCGCCACGGAGACAGCAUCCGCAGGGAGCUCCUGAGAAUGUUCCAUGAUAGCUUGGCCGGGGGCACCGGGGGCCGGAGUGGGGACCCCUCCCUUCAGGCCACAGUCCCCUUCCUCCUGCAGCUGGCGGUCAUGUCACCUGCUUUGCUGGGCACGGUCUCUGGAGAGCUGGUGGAUUGCCUUAAACCCCCAUCUGUGUUGAGCCAGCUACAGCAACAUCUGCAGGGAUUUCCCCGAGAGGAGCUGGACAACAUGCUGAACCUGGCUGUGCACCUGGUGAGCCAGGCCUCCGGGGCAGGUGCCUACCGUCUCUUGCAGUUCCUGGUGGACACAGCCAUGCCUGCCUCCGUGAUUACCACCCAGGGCCUGGCUGUGCCAGACACUGUACGUGAGGCCUGUGACCGGUUGAUCCAGCUGCUGCUGCUGCACCUGCAAAAACUGGUUCAUCACCGGGGAGGGUCUCCAGGGGAUGGGAUUCUAGGCCCACCCCCACCUCCUCGCACUGUGCCCUUUCUAGAUGCUCUAAGAAACCACGUGGGAGAGCUGUGUGGAGAGACAUUACGAUUGGAACGGAAGCGAUUCCUCUGGCAGCACCAGCUCCUGGGUCUACUCUCUGUUUAUACCAGACCUAGCUGUGGACCUGACGCCUUGGGUCAUCUCCUGAGUUGGGCCCGAAGCCCUGAAGAGUUGAGUCUGGCUACCCAGUUAUACGCUGGGCUGGUGGUCAGCCUCUCUGGCCUCCUACCCCUGGCCUUUCACAGCUGCCUGGCUCGGGUGCAUGCAGGGACUUUGCAGCCUCUCUUCACGGCCAGGUUCCUGCGCAACUUGGCGCUGCUCGUGGGGUGGGAACAGCAGGGUGGGGAGAGCCCGGCAGCCUUAGGAGCCCGAUUUGGAGAGUCUGCUUCAGCCCAUCUGUCUGACCUGGCUCCUCUGCUGUUGCAUCCUGAAGAGGAAGUAGCUGAAGCUGCUGCCACCCUCCUAGCCAUUUGUCCCUUUCCUCCAGAAUCCCUGUCCCCUUCCCAACUCCUGGGACUGGUGAGAGCUGGAGUGCAUCGCUUCUUUGCCUCACUGAGGCUGCAUGGCCCCCCGGGUGUGGCCUCCGCAUCCCAGCUUCUUACCCGCCUGUCACAGACCUCCGCAGCAGGCCUCAAGGCUGUCCUGCAACUGCUAGUUGAGGGAGCCUUGCACCGGGGCAACACUGAACUUUUUGGAGGGGAAGUGGAUGGGGAUGGCGAGACACUCUCAGUUGCCUCAACUCCUUUGACUUUUGCCUCCCUGUUGGACACAAACCGACGACACACCGCAGCUGUACCAGGGCCUGGAGGGAUCUGGUCCGUUUUCCACGCUGGAGUCAUAGGCCGUGGCCUAAAGCCACCCAAGUUUGUGCACUCCCGCAAUCAGCAGGAAGUGAUCUAUAACACCCAGUGCCUCCUCAGGCUCCUGGUGCACUGCUGCAGUGCUCCUGGGGGCACCGAAUGUGGAGGCUGCUGGGGGGCCCCGAGCCUGAGUCCAGAGGCUGCCAAAGCAGUGGCAGUGACUUUGGUGGAGAGUGUGUGUCCUGAUGCAGCUGGUGCUGAGCUGGCCUGGCCCCCCGAGGAGCAUGCCCGGGCCACCGUGGAGCGGGAUCUCCGAAUUGGUCGGCGUUUUAGGGAACAGCCCCUGCUCUUUGAGCUGCUGAAGCUGGUAGCGGCCGCUCCACCAGCCCUGUGCUACUGCUCCGUGCUGCUGCGGGGGCUGUUGGCUGCCCUCUUGGGUCACUGGGAAGCCUCGCGACACCCUGAUACAACCCACUCCCCCUGGCACCUGGAGGCAUCCUGCACCCUCGUGGCUGUCAUGGCUGAAGGGAGCCUCUUGCCACCAGCCCUAGGUAACAUGCACGAGGUAUUCAGCCAACUGGCACCUUUUGAAGUGCGUCUGCUGCUGCUCAGUGUCUGGGGCUUUCUCCGGGAGCACGGGCCCUUGCCCCAGAAAUUCAUCUUCCAGUCCGAGCGGGGCCGCUUCAUCCGGGACUUCUCCCGCGAGGGUGGUGGUGAAGGAGGACCCCAUCUGGCUGUGCUGCACAGUGUCCUCCACCGCAACAUUGACCGCCUGGGCCUUUUCUCUGGUCGAUUCCAGGCCCCUGCACCAUCCACUCUCCUUCGUCAGGGGACAUAGCCUCUCCCAGACUCUAGCAGCCUAGAGAAAGGAGACUAAGGAAGGUGGAGGUGUCUUAUCCUUGGCUGAAAGACCGCUGUCACUUUUUUCUUCACCACCUUUUUUUAAAAACAAAGCAAACAACAACAAAAACAAUAAAAUUCGCAGAGUUGAGAACA